GGCCACCUCUCCCCAAGAUAUGCCUUCUUCCAGCAUUGCUCAUCUUGCUCCUCAGGAUAAGGCACUACAUUCUCAAAGGGAAAUCUCAGAGACUGCAGAAAAAGUCAUUCUUCCAUCCAAACCUGUAUUGGAAGAUGUAAAUGCUGUAUUACAGAAGCUACUUAAAGAAGGCUUGGUUGAGUUGUCCAGUUGGGAGGGAAAUAGUUCCUGAAAAAGUAAAAGCAGAAUUUCCUGAAGGAGUACAGGCAGCAGGUAGCCCCCCAAAUUCUUUGGGAGUUAUCCUGCCGUGGGCUACAAUGGACAUCAUAGUUCCAGACAGAAAGGAUUUGUAUUCCCUCAGGGUACUGCCUGAUGAAACUCAGGAAGCUGGGUCUCACUUAGCUGCCCAAAUAUCUCCAUCUGUACAAAUGCUUAGCUCAUUGGGUCUCACUGUUGCUCAAUAUGGCAAAGAGUUACCUCAGGAAGUGGCAGAAAUUGUGAGGGAAACAAUUAUUCAGCCUAAAUCAGGGCAUGAUGAAUUCAGUGCUGGCUUAGAAAAACUACUGAAGGAAACUAUUGAAACUCCCUCCUCAAAAUUUGAAAGUGGUAUAGGGACUCUUUCUCCAUCAAAGGUAAUAGGUAGUACUGAGGUGCCCAGGCGAGCUGCUUCUGGAUUCCAUCCUGAGGAAAUACAAGAAACAGUUAAAAAAUCUGAGGCUCCAUCAAUAAUGGAGACUGCUUUUGAUACUGGUUUUGAGAAACUCCUUAAAGAGACAUCUGAAGCUCCUUCUUUUCAGCUCCAGGUGUCAGUGAAGGAGGGAACUCCUGAGAAGGAGCCUCCACAGUCAGGGCAGGCCAAUUUCUUGGGCACAGUGCCCCAGUUUUGCUGGGCAGCCUCAGAGGCCUCUGAAACGAAGCUUAAGAAUGUUUUCAAAUCUCAAGCUGACCAAUGUGAUAAAAUGUUGGGAGGAGACAAAGCUGUGACUGGUUUAUCAGUAGAUCUCUCUGGUUCUGAAAGUGGGGUUGAGAUCCCUGGAACCCCACAACUGUGUGUGUGGACCAUAAAAUAGGGACCAGGGGAACUAUGAA